AUGGCAGUCCCAGAAGUCCCACCCCGCCCACUAGUCUCCCCCCACCCCUCCGAAAAGGUCCUCUCCCGCAUCUCCUCCUUCCACCGCCCCCGCCCCAACCUCAACCUCCCCCCCAUCCCACCGCGCACACCCCCCGCCGCCCUCCGCCAGGCCCACCGAGCCCAGGUCCCCGCCAGGCGCCGGGAGGCCAAGAAGAAUAAUACAACCACAGAGUUCACCAAACGCGCCAUGCUCCAAGCACAAGGCAACGCCGAAGACCUAGCUCACUCCCCCACCACCACCCCCACAUCCAAAGACACCGAAAGCCCCACCGAGAGCAUCGAUGCCGCCGAGCAGCUCACCGAGAUCCUCCCGCACCACCUACCACCCCACCGCGGCACCUCCGGACUCCUCCACAGCCCGCGCCCCGUGUUUGCGCUGUCGCCCACAUACCGGGCGCGCGGCCCGGGGAGGUCGAUGAUCCCCGUGGCGGUGGCAGGGUCGCCGCUCAUGUACCGGGAGGUUGUGAAGCGGCCGGUGAUGCUGCCGACGAAGGAGCAUGAUGGCAGGGGGAGGAAGAGGGAGAGGGUUUUGGGUUGGGGGGUUGCGAGCCCGGCGGCGAAGAGGGGGGUGGCGGUGGGGAGUGGGAAGGAGGAGGUGGGGGCUGUGAAGAAGGAGGUGGAGGGGUAG